AUGGCAUCGCAGCGGCAUCCCAAGCGGCCGCCUUCCCCAGGCCUCAUCCCCAACCCGCUCGUCAAGAAGCGCAACCUCGCAUGGACCAUCGCCAUCCAACCCCCUGAUGAACAAGACCCCGACGAAGCACCGCCGCAGCAAGUCGGGCUCAAGGAUGCAGCGCGGCCAGCCAAGUCACCACCGCCGCCACCGCCAUCCACCGCCGCCAUCGAGGCCGGCGCAACCACCAUCGCCGACCAUCUCGCCCACUUCACCGCGGACCUCUCCUCGCACGUCCUCUCGUCGCCAUCCGUGCACCCUCAACUAUCCGUCUCCGCGCUCUCUUCCCUGUACGAGGCCAACGAGGGCAAGCCCCAAGGAGCGCACUUCGUCAUCCACCAGCAUGACCACCCCGUCGCGGGCACGCACUACGACCUCCGCCUGCAGAUCAACGGCUCCAGCAGCGCGAGCUGGGCCAUCAUGUAUGGCCUGCCGGGGGACCCCAACAGCAAGAGGCUGAACCGCAACGCGACUGAGACGCGCAUCCAUUCGUUGUGGAAUCACCUCAUCGAGACGGCCUCACCGCACACCGGCACCCUCCUCAUCUGGGACACGGGGACCUACUCCGUGCUUCCGCGCCGCAGCAAGCACGCCCCGAGUGAGGACCCAUCUUCGCAGCGAGAGGACUACCCCUCGCGCUCCUCAUCGCCCGACGCAACGCCCGCCACGCAGCAGGCCCUCCUCGAGGAGGCGUUCCGCAACCGCAAGAUCCGCCUGCGCCUGCACGGCGCCAAGCUCCCCGACCCGUACGUCCUCAACCUGCGCCUCACCAAGUCGGAGGACGCGUCCGGCCGGGCCAAGAGCCUGCGCAAGCCGCGCACCCGCAGACGCGGGAGGACGAGUGGUGGGACGCCGCAGCGGGGACAGAAGCAGCAGCAGCAGCAGCCUGAGACGAGCGACUCGGAGGAGGAUGGAGAUGGAGAUGGAGAUGACGCGCGUGAGUCCUUCCGAGAGGGCGACGGUGACGCGCAUCUGGUGCCCCCCGCGGAGGAGGCCGACCCAGCAGCCGACGUCUCCGCACUAGAGCGCGAGCUCCGCGAGCUGGAAGACGAGCACGUCCGCCGCUCCAACGCAUAUCCCGGGGCGCACAACUCCAUCGGCAGCAUCCACCAACGGAAAUGGUACCUGUCCCUAGACCGGCGGGCCUGCGGCUUCACCAAGCGCCGCCAUGGGGGGAAGAUCAUACGGGAACGUGAUGAUGACACGGAGCGUAGCACAGAAAGGAAACAGGGGGGAGAAGACGUAGCAGGCGAUAUGGAGGCCAAAGCCAGGGGUGAGUCUGCCUGCCUGGCGUUUCCAUUCUACGUUCGUGGACCAGAGUACGAACGGAGCGUCGUGACGGGACGGCGCGGGGAGGAAAUUCUCAAGGACGAAGGAGUGACCAACUUCAUCCCCAGAAAAGGAUGGACUCCUGUUUUGAAUUAG